AUGGCUGAAAUUGAAUUCGAUCCAACCACACAUCCGCAUCGUCGACUAAACCCUCUCACAAACGAGCACGUCCUCGUAUCCCCUCAUCGCACGAAGCGGCCCUGGCAAGGUCAGACAGAACUGCCACAAGCUUCACAGCUCCCCGAGUACGACCCCAAGUGCUACCUCUGUCCUGGAAAUGAACGCGCGGGCGGCCAGCACAACGCUGUGUACGAUCACACCAUGAUAUUUGAGAACGACUUUGCCGCGGUUCUACCCCCGCCUGGUCCGCUCGCGCCUCGCGCCCCUCAUCCGCUUCUCACGACGCAGCCCGUGCAAGGCGGCUGCGACGUCCUGAUCUUCCAUCCACGACACGACCUGACCCUCUCCAGGCUUCCCAUUCCUGAUAUCGAACGCGUCGUGGACGAAUGGUGCACAAUCUACAGGAAGCGGGGUGCCGAGGACGGUAUCAAAUACGUGCAGAUAUUCGAGAACAAAGGUGCUAUGAUGGGCUGCUCGAACCCACACCCCCACGGACAGGUCUGGUCGCUCUCGACCGUUCCGUCGCUUCCCGCUACGGAGCUGGCCAACCUGAAGCGCUACGCGCUAACCGACGUGCAGUCUUCCGGUGCACCUCGUGGUCCUUGUGAUCGCCCAUGUAUGCUCUGCGAAUAUGUACAUUUUGAGGUGGGAGUGGACAAUGAUACCGGUCGGGUGGUCGUCAAGAAUGAUCACUGGGUCGCCCUGGUUCCCUGGUGGGCGAUAUGGCCAUUCGAGAUUCUACUACUUCCGUAUGCUCGGCAUGUCCCUUCCAUCACGGAUCUGACAGCAGUGGAAAAGACUGCGUUCGCAGACAUUCUCUCACGAGUCACGAAGCGCUACGACAACCUCUUCUCCUGCUCAUUUGCAUAUUCUAUGGGUAUACACCAAAGGCCCAUCCCUUCUCAGGCGGAGCACUCGGACACCGAUGACGAAGAGAAUGUCGCACAUCUUCAUCUGCAUUUCGCACCCCCGCUUCUGCGAAGCGCGAGUGUGCGCAAGUUCCUGGUGGGUUUUGAGCUGAUGGCAGAACCGCAGCGCGACCUUACUCCGGAACAGGCUGCGCAGAGACUGCGGGCGUGCUCGGAGAUGCAUUAUUUGGAUGCUGCCACGAUUUCAACUCCAGCGCGUUCGCAGAACACCUCAUCUCAGGUUGCAGACGCGACCACCGGCUAG